GUUCUUCUUCUUCUUCUCUCUCCUCCACCUCAUUCUCCUCUUCUCCCGCUUCUUCCCCCCCAUUACCCUCACUAUCCUCCCUCCACUCCUCUCCCUCUCCACUGGAUCUCAUUACCUCUUUUAUUGUCCUCCUUUAAUCUGUCUGAUAUUUAAUUUCUUUUUCUCUUUCCCUCCCAGUCAGUCGCGCACAACCGCUUGAUUCUACCCAACAUGUCUGGCGAGGCCUGGCUCUACCUGCUGGCGGUGUUGAUCAACGCCGUCAACCUGUUCCUGCAGGUUUUCUUUACUAUUAUGUACAGUGAUUUGGAAUGCGACUACAUCAACCCCAUCGACCUCUGCAACCGCCUUAACGCCUAUAUUAUCCCUGAAGCUGCCGUUCAUGCCUUCCUGACCUUCCUCUUUGUGAUCAAUGGCUACUGGCUGGCGAUCGCCCUGAAUCUGCCUCUGUUGGCGUUCAAUGCCAAGAAGAUUUACGAGAACCAGCACCUGUUGGAUGCCACCGAGAUCUUCCGCAAGCUGAAUGUGCACAAGAAGGAAUCCUUUAUCAAGCUCGGCUUCCACCUCUUGAUGUUCUUCUUCUACCUCUACAGCAUGAUCGUGGCCCUGAUCCGCGACGAGUCCAACUGACUGCGGGGAAAGACGGAGUAUGCGAUGCGCUACGGCGGUCCGGGAUGAAGCGUUGCGUGUAUCGGUGGAGGGGUUCGGUAGAUGAAGGCUCUCUCUGUAUCCAUCUCCAGCGCCACACCCUCGACCUGAUGAUUCCAUCCGUUCGCAUUUCGCCCCGGGGGUGCCCUCCUCGCGACUGCAGUCGAUCAAUGCAGCGUGGACUGAACAGACCCGCGGUCGGAUGUGGGUCGACGAACGAGUAUUGAUGACGUGUGCGAUGAAGGGUGAUAUACGUGCAAGAUAUGGGAAUGGGGAGGAUGUAUGGUCUCAUGAUGAAGCGGGAGGAUUAUGGGGGUUUGAUUUUUUUUUGUAUGCGUGUGCUGGAUUCAAGUGCCUUUUCUUUUUUUUCAUUUUCUUUCUCAUGUUAAUGUCUUAAGUAAUGCUGUAUAUACCACACUAGCGGUGCGACAAUGAUGAGCGUACGAUACCCUCGAACUCUCGUUGAAAUAGAAGAUUCA